UCAGGAUCGUCGACAGUGGGACCCAAACGGAAGAGGCCGCCCGGCUGACCUCUCUCCGACGAGCGGGGGCGCGAGAGGGAAAAUUCUCGUCUCCCGGUUUUUCGCCCACAAACCCUUCCUCUUCUCGAUUGAAGAUCGAUCGAACCGAUUGAAUUGUAGAGAGUAGAGAGAGAGGAAGAGCGAGGGACGUCGAGAUCGGCUACUAGAAGUACUGGAUCGCAUUCAAGGCCGUUAUCUGUUCGGACAGCGGAGAUCGGAUUCGAUGCUGUCGCGUAGUCGCGUCGGUUCGAUGGUCUCGUGCGUGGUCUCCGUCCACCCGCACGAGAUCUCCCCACUUCUCCACUCCGCCGCCUGUUUCUUCUUCGUGUUAAGUGCAUACUUUGUUGUUCUUCCAUUACGCGAUGAUGGCGCAAUAUCCUUGGGCUUGAAUAAUUUGCCUGAGCUAUUUGUGGGAUCUUUAGUGCUCACAUUGGUUGCUGCUCCUAUUUCAACUUUCAUCUUUUCAUUGCCAAAUAUUUCUAAAGCAAAGGCGCUGCUUCUGAUACACAGGUUCUUUAGCUUAUCCCUCGUUCUUUUCUUUAUAUUAUGGUAUUCUACUUCUUCUGGACCUUCAAUUUCAUUUUCCAAGUCCACGACGUUGAAUUCUUCUGCAUUAGGAGAGGAUGGAAAGAUUGGUUCCAGUCAAAUUGACAAGCCCAAUCAUGUUAGUUUGAAUCACAGUGGGUGGUUUUACAUUUCUGUCAGAGUUGGGUUGUUCUUAUGGGUUGCACUUCUUAACCUUGUGACUAUCUCUUGCACAUGGGCUCGAAUAAUUGAUGUAAUGGAUAAUGAGUCAGGUUCAAGACUGUUUGGGUUCAUAGGUGCUGGUGCUACACUUGGUCAGCUACUUGGAUCAUUAUUUGCUGUUGUAAUGGCUCAGCUAGGUCCUUUUUUGCUUCUUGUUGCUGCUCUGCUGAUGGAAUUUGCUGCUUUGGCUUCAAAAGGAAUUAACCAAAAUGUGCAGGAUGAACAAAGGAAGUUAUCUUCAGUCAGUGAGCCUAUUGAGAUUCAUCAUAUGGAAGCGGAUGGUCAUUCAAGCCAGACUACUCUAGGAUCUUCAGUAAAAUCAUGUGCUGCCACAAUGAAUCCCAGUUUCUUUGUCGUGCUAGAUGGGCUGCGACUAAUUUUUUCAUCAACUUAUUUACUACAUAUUUGCUGCUUUUUAUGGCUAAGUGCAGUUGUAUCAUCUUGUUUCUAUUUUCAGAAAGUAACAGUAGUAGCAAUGACCGUCUCUAAGCCUCUUUAUAGAAGAAGAUUAUUUGCUCAAAUCAAUAGCCUAAAUGCUCUGUUUAUCCUGGUCGGCCAACUUACUUUAACGGGACGUAUUCUUACCAUUGCAGGAGUGGCAUCUGCAAUUUCUGCAACUCCUUUUGUUUCCUCUUUGAACAUGAUUGCUCUUGCAAUUUGGCCAACAUGGAUUACCGUGGCUGUUUGUGAGACACUACGUAAGGUAGUGAUGUAUGUUGUAACAAGACCUGGCAGAGAGCUCCUUUUUACUGUUGUAUCGCUGGAUGAGAAGUAUAAGGCCAAGGUUUGUAUAGAUGUUAUUGUUCAAAGGCUUGGAGAUGCGACAGCAGCAGGAAUCUACAAGCUGCUUUCUGGUGCCAUUAGUGGCUCAAGCACUGCAGUUGCUUUUUAUGCAUUGCCAAUUUGCUUCUUGUGGAUGGUCACUGCAUUUUAUUUAGGGCGUCGACAAGAACAUCUCGCCAGACUUCAAGCAGUUCCCCCACAAUAGGCUUGCAGUAUCUGCAAACUAAAUUAGUAAAAGAGAAAUGUUAAAACUGAUGUGGUGAGAGAGCUUAGUCCUGCUUCUUGGACAAGAUUGCACUUAAUGAAUAUUGAAGGUGGAUACAGAAGUGUUGAAAGAAAAAGAGCACUUCAUCAUUUUCGUUAAUCAUCUGUAGAUUGGAUUUGACAUUUAAGUAUUUUAAAAUAAAUGAUUUCCAAUCAUGAAACAAACAGGCAUCAUUUAACUUGUGGGUUCUUUUUCAAAUGUGUGCUUUAGACAUUGAGAAGCCAUAAGUAUGGCAUAGGGCUGCUGCAUUUAUCCUCUCUUCAUUUAAUUUAGAGCUUAUUUGCUUAAGGCAUUUCAAUGAUUUAUCUCUGGUCUUCAUCUCUAACUUUUCAACCUCAAUGAUUGGCAGGCAGAUUAUGCAGCUUUCUUCAAUGAUGUCAUCUUGAAGCAAGACCUUGAAGGUAACGGCUCAAGCCAAUUUUGUGAUUGGUCCUGGUUGACAGUUGCUCUAGCCUCUAUGAUGGAUAGUGCAUUCAUUAAAUGUUAGGCCAUGUCAGUUUUGGGUGACUGGCUGAAUCUAUCCCUUCGAAAAUGAUUCAUACCCGUUUCAUGCAAGUCUGCAUCUUUAACAUAUUUUUUGUAUUGUUUUAGAAAUAGGUUGAACACUGAUUCCACUGAGAUUGAUCAAUUAUAAGUUUUAUGAAGAUUUAUAGAUAAACUUACAGAAGUACAAGCAGGGUAUCUGGGUGAUAAACAAUCAUUUGUGCAUGCAUUGAUCUACUAGUUGCAUGAGUUGAAUGUGAUUCCACAGGCACCUCUUACCAUUUGCAUACGUUGGCGGAAUCUGAAUGCUUAUGGUGCUGUACUGAACUGAAAAGGCAAGGGUUGAAUAUUAUGUAUGUAAAGAAGUGGAAUUUUGUGAUUCUACUGUUCCUUUUAGAGGUAGCCAAAAUUCCUUCUUAUGGUGCAUCUGGAAGGAAAAGGAAAUGAUAUUCACAUGGAAAGACGAAUUUAAGGAAGUAAUCAUUUUAAGUUUCAAGCUGCUGGAGGUUUAACAUUAGCUUAACAUACUGGAUUCUUGACUUGGAAUCCCAUCAGUAGCUAUUCCCUAUUUUAAAUGAAAAAACAGAUAGAAGAAACAGAGCAAAAAUAUGUUCCCUGCCAAUCAGAAUGGGCAAGUUUUCUCGUUUGUUGUUCUUUGGGACUUGAAAGGUGGAUGACUAGCAUGAGAUAUGUUCCGCAUCGUUACUUUCCAAACUGUGUAAUGCAGUUUAUGUGCUUCAUUCUUUAUUGUUUUAAGUGGACAUGCUGACGCUCUCAAGCUUCUUUAAAGUUCCUAAUGGAUCACAUGAGCAGGGGGAUUUGAAGGCCUUCGAGACCAUCCACUUGGUUCUCUCUAGAAUCAAACUUGUAACAUGCAUGAAGCAGCAGUCUAAGUCAGAUUCUGGAGCUUACCACUAUGUAAGGGAGUUAGUAAGGGCCUAAUCAUGGUAAGUUCCUUGUCUUUCAAAGAAGAAGAUAAAAUGAUGCUUUCAUUUAUUGUUUUUUGAGCAAUGAAUUUGAGCUGUUUUGUCAUACCAAGGUCAUUGUAUAUCAUCGUUUGGUGAGUAUAAUGAGGAGAAAUUAUUUGAACCUGAUCUUCCUGAGUUCACAGUGUGAUGGCAAGAGAGAUCUGGUGUGAGCACCAUGCUUCGCUUGCGGCAUCCAUGCUAUGCUAAAAGUGCUGAACGCUAUAUCUUGCAAUUCAGAGUAUCAUUCAUGUGGGCUCCAUUCGCUUGAAUAACUGUCACAUAUAGCGGAAAGCUGUCCAAGAUUUGCUCGGGUGGAGGAGCUUGAGGUCCUGGGGUGAAAGAAAUUGUUAAGCCGGAAGUAGCAACGGGAGUUGGAACAGCAGCCAUCCCCAUGUCAGAAGUGGUGAUUGUCGAUACUCAGACCACUUUCUUAUGGUUUUCUUUACCCUCUUUCUACCAGUGCACCAUGGAAUCAGAGACUUCUUUGAUUUAUUCUACUUCUGAUGUUUGCAUUCUCUUUCCAUUGAGAUAUAUUGGUCAGAUUGGAAGUUUCCAUAUUUUCAGUAUACCUCAAUAGUUGAUAUUAUGCACUCAGGAGACUAUAUUGUUGUAAGCAAAUGGAGCUUGUGCUUGGUUUGAUUAGAACAUGUGAAGGGAUCCAUACAUGCACGAUACAGAUGAUGCACAACUCAUAUCGGAUCUUCGUUCUCAAAUGGCAUUGGGUCUUCUUUUGAUACUGGGAUGCAAUCACGGACCUGCCUAAAGAACAAUAUUGCUCCCAGUUGUCUUAAAUGUAAAUCCCGUCAUUUUUUGGUUGUCAAACUCCUCUGUUGUAUUCUCCGUUGAGUUGUUUGAAGUUCUCGUAAAUCUUCCACAUGAUCUUCUUUACAAACAGCUUGACCCUGUGUAUCGUGUUUGUUCUUUCAAAUUAAAG